GGGCCGUCGAGCUGAGGCGCGCCGUUUGCCUCAAUUUUUCAGGGCUUGCAGCCAUGCUGAAGUGCGGGAUGAGCGGUAGUCAGGUGAAAGUAUUUGGGAAAGCAAUCCAAGCUCUCUCACGAAUUAAUGAUGAGCUGUGGCUAGACCCCUCUGAAAAAGGUCUUUCUUUAAGAUCUGUGAAUUCUGGUCGGUCAGCAUACGGAUGUGUCUUCUUCUCCUCUGUGUUUUUUCAACAUUAUCAAUGGUCAGUGAAAACGAAUGACAGUGACACAAUAUUGAACUUAAAUUGCAAAUUGGGAAUGAAAUCAAUUCUGCCCAUCUUUAGAUGUCUCAAUUCCCUCGAAAGAAAUGUAGAGAAGUGCAAAAUAUUCACCAGCUCUGAUAAGUGCAAAGUAGUUAUUCAGUUCUUCUGCAGACAUGGUAUUAAAAGGAUUCAUAAUAUUUGUUUUCAAGAAAGUCAGCCUGUGCAAGUUAUUUUUGAAAAGAAUAUGUGUAUUAAUACACUAAUGAUUCAGCCAAGAGUACUUGCUGAGGCAAUUGUUCUUUUUCCAUCGAGUCAAGAGGAAGUUACUCUUGCUGCUACUCCACUGAGUGUUUGCAUUAAGAGUUCUAAUGAGGAUUCGAUGGAUUUAACCAAGUCUGUAUACAGUGAGAUGUUUGUUGGCCGAGAUGAGUUUGACUUCUAUCAAAUUGGAGUCAACACUGAAAUUACAUUUUACUUCAAAGAAUUGAAGGGAAUGCUGACAUUUUCAGAAGCUACCCAUGUGCCUAUAUCCAUGUAUUUUGAUUUUCCCGGAAAACCACUGGCUUUAAGUGUUGAUGAUAUGCUAUUGGAAGCCAACUUCAUUUUGGCUACGUUAGCUGAUGAGCCGAGCAGAGCGUCUUCGCCACAAUCUCUGUGUCUUUCACAAAAACGAAAAAGGUCAGAUUCAAUACAUUCAAAUUCAAAGGCUGGUAAAAAUGCAACCAGCAAGGCCCCAGAGUAUAUCUCCAGAAAAGUAGUACCCAGAAGGCUUUAUCAUAAUGAGACUGUCACAAACAUCUCUGUGUUGGAAAACGGUGGCAGCCCUUUAAAGAACAGAGGGAACCGAGAUGUUAGUGACGUACCAGAAAGCAGUGUCAGCGACACGGAGGAAGUGCCCGGGUCUCCAUAUCUCAGGAAGUUUUCUUGCAUGUUCUUUGGAGCAGUUUCUUCUGACCAACGAGAACACUUCAACCACCCUUUCAACAGUCUGGCAACAGCAAGUGACAGUGAAGAGGACAUGAAUGAUGGCAGUUUUCCCACAUUGUAACACUAAAUGUUGGCUGAGUUGGCCUCCAACCCAUUUAUUGGCUCACUUGCAACUCAAACACAUUUUCACACUUAGUUUAUGAAGAUAUUAUUUUGGACUUCCUUGAAAUGGAGGGUGGGCUGCUGGUGUUCUGAACCUCAUCUGUACAACCACCAUAUCUAGAAAUAGCUGCUUGUCAAGUAAAUGUAAUUUGCUUUAAAUCCAUUAUGCUACUUGAGAGGCAGAACAGUUUCCUGUGCAGGGAAAAUCUCAUUAGCAUUCUUCAGUUCAGUGCACCUUCACACUAGAGCUUUUAGCACGAAUUUCUUUGCCAGUCUUAUAAAGGUAUUUAAACUUUCUUUAGCAGCCAUUUUAAGUGCAUCAAUAUACUUGUAGAGCUUUGUGACUGGUCAUCAGGUAUCUUUUGUAUUUGACUGCAAACAUUUGAGUUUUGAUGCUCUCAGACAUCGCAAAAAGUUAGGCA